ACAGGCCAAAUUCUGUUUAUUCAUAUUUUGUCACAAGUUCGUCACUAGUUUUGAAAGGUCAAUUGCCUAGCAACUUGAGGGCAAAGCGCGCAAGUUUAUCAAAGCGAAACAGGUUGCUAGGCAACUAGCUUCUACAUCAUACCAAGAAAGUAUCUUAGAACAGAAUAUGAAAAGACGAAAAAAGUUGAAUGUUGUUGCUGGGAUAGGAACGCCAGGACCAAGGAUAGGAGAGGACGCGUACCAGUUCUCUAAGUAUAUGCCGUGACGUUUACCAACAACAUCAACAUUCAACGUGGUAGCCUUGCGAACCCAUAGGGUUGAAUGUCAAUGUGGAAUUCAGAUUGAGCAGGAAUUGAGUGGAUUCCAAGGAGUAAAGUGGAGUACAGCCAAGGAGCUCUGUAGCCCGUUGAAUAAUGGAUGACAAGAAGAAUCAGGGAAACAAGAAGGACCAAGAAGAGAAGAAGCCAGUUAAAAAUGCAGUUGAUCUACAAAAGCUUAAACUUGAAAAAUUGUUUAAAAACAUUGAGAAGCCAGUGCACCUGCCUGAACCCGUCAAGAAGCGAGGUUUCUCGGCCGCCCCCGAGUUCGUUCGCAAUGUGAUGGGUUCGAGCGCGGGCGCCGGCAGCGGCGAGUUCCACGUGUACAGGCACAUCCGGCGGCGCGAGAACGCCCGGCUCAAGUACAUCGCGGAGGAGGCAGCCAAGGAGGAUAAGGACGAGGAGUACCAGCGGAAACUGGAGGAGAAUCGCAAACUGAGCGAGCAGCGCACCGCCAAGAAGCGCGCCAAGCGGCAGAAGAAGAAGGCUCGCCAGCAGGGCCGCGAAAAGCGACCCAAGGUGGCGCCAGCGUCGGCGUCGGGGCCAGCCGAGGGGUCGGAGUCGGAUGACGAUGAGAGCGGCUCGGAGCCGGAGCCUGCCGAGGGAGACAGGGUGCCGGCGGAGGGAGAGGGAGAGGGAGAGGGAGGUGAUACGCCUGUGGAACGGGAGGACGCCGAGAGGGACGGGGAACGGACGGCGACGGUGGCGGGGGCAGAUGUGGAGCAUCCCAGGCCAGCCGGGUCGACGGAGCCCGGCUCGGACGAUCCCGGUGCAGCGGUAAAGUGAGCGAUGGCCCGUGAGGUGGUGAAGUGACUGUGACCUGGCAACGUGAGUGUGACCUGAUCGGUGGAGACUGGAGAGAGUGGUGGCCAUUACUUCUCAUUACUUGCUGUUGUCCGCGGUACCGGGUACCUACGUAACGCAUUUUGUUUUUACGUGAUGCGGUAUAUCAUUGUCAUAACAACCACAACAUUCGCUGUUUGCUUGUCGUAUGCGUGUGAUUCAUCGUAUUUUACAUGAAGUGUACGGAUAAAUACCGGCACUAUCCUCCUCUGUAGUGAAAGAUAUUGCAAAGUUCGAUGCAGUGGUUACUGAUUGCCUUCAACGGCCAAUGUCAGGCCGAAUUUUAUUGGCCCAGUAUGUCGGCACGCUUGAGGCACAGGCAGCCGCCCUGUGCUCAGUAGGACAGCCGCCCAAUAAAUGUCACCAAAGCUGGAA